UCCUCUUCUCCUUGCAGAGUCCAAGAGUGCCCCGCAACAAGAAGAACAUUGAGAGUGUGUAUGCCACAAUGUUCCGUUCCCUCAUGCAGCGGCUGGUGGUGAAGUUCGCCUCGAGUGAGUCACGACAGUGCCCUGACCUGCCACCCUCUAUUGAGGAGUUCCACCAGCGUUUCCGUAUCAUCAUGGCUUCGUCCUCGCUCCGCAACAAGCUCAAGUUCCGCCCAGUCGUAAAUGUGUCGGAUAUCGAUUUCCAUAUUGUCAAUACGCUUAUCUAUAGUUCACUUUGCUCCAAGCAUGACCGUGAAUCAUAUGCGUAUCAGCUGUAUCUCGCAUACCAGCAGUACCCCCAGGCACUCCUCAAUGCAGUUCUAACGCGUAUGCGACAAGACCAGAUGAUCAGCUACAAGAAAUGUUAUAACAGGUCGCAGGUGGCACAGACUUGCCUGCCAUUAUCCACGUCCCCUUUCCAGCUGUCUGUCACGUACCAUCAUGUCUUUAAUUUUAAGUACCAGUACGAGAUCUACAGCCAGGCAUGGCAGAUGCUGAAGCAGCUGAUUACAAAGAAGCAUAAAGCCAUUGUUGAGAACGUGAACUACAAGCAGAGUCUGACAGAGAGCUGCCUCACUACAGAGGAGGAGACUGACAUCACUGACAGUACAGCUGACAGACUUGCACUGGCUCCUGCUCCUGCUGCUCUCAAGGUUGAAAAAGUGAUUGGCAGCAUGGACGUUGGCAGUGGAUUCCAAGAGAAGGGCGUUCCAGUGGUGAUUCUACACGAGGGCGGCUACUGUGCCACCAUUGUUGCCCUUUUGGCCACCAAACGCAUCAUCUUCGACAUCACCAUACCUGAGCAGAUCAUCAUGAUGGACCAGCAGCAGCGCUUAAGGAGGCCCCAGCACCAGUCCCUCUUGCGGCGGUUUUCUCUUCGCAUUCACAAAUGGCCGGUAAAGAGGUGGGAGACUCCCUGGGAGGCUACGACAUGGCACCUUCUUGCAGCUUGGAAGCCAGAGGUGAUGUCACUGCAGGCCCCAAAGGGGCACUCACUUUGGACUAUUGAAAUCAGUGCAACAGCGGCUGUCACUGAGGAACAAUUUGGGCCCAGCCAGAGACUACUGAGGAGACUGCCCAGAAACCUGAGAACACCACAGGAACUGCUGAAGAGAUGGAGGAAACAGGGGAACCCAUUGCAAGGGACAGAGGACAGCAACCAGCUAGGGGAUGUAUCGUCACUUGAAGGCGAUGAUGUUGAUAUCACCAACACAUCUGUAAGCAAAACAAAGCCAGUCAUCUGCAUCCCGCCUCGGCCUGUACAUGAUGCGAGACCAGCUGACCUUGGCGGAGGUCGACCAGAUCAACAUCCAGCACGCUCAGGAGCACCUUGUGGUCAACGCCUGCGAAAUCACCAUCCGCCUCCGACCCCCACCAACCUGCAGGAGGAGGUGGAUGAGGCCAUCGCAAGGGAUGACCUGAGACUGUGGAUAAUCUCUGCCCCCACUCCCCAAGAGGUGUGA